AUGUCCGAAUCUCAGGAUGUCAUCCGCAAACUCCACCCGAAGGUUAUCGCUAGAAUCGCUGCGGGAGAGGUUGUGGUUCGUCCGGCGGCUGCCCUCAAGGAGAUCAUCGAGAACAGUAUUGACGCCGGCGCUACUACGAUUAAGCUCCGAAUCGCGGCAAAUCCGCUCCACUAUGCUGAGGUAUCAGACAACGGCUGCGGAGUGAGCCCAAACGACCUGAAGGUCAUAUGCAGGAGGUUCACUACAUCGAAGACAUAUGAGGACAUCAAUGGCGUAAAGAGCUUCGGUUUCAGGGGAGAAGCGCUUGCAGCGCUAUCGCAUUCGGCGAACGUUACCAUUUCUUCGCGUACUGCAGCCCAGGAGAAAAGAACGGUCGUACGAUACCAUGACGGGGAGCCGAUUGACGAGACCGCGGGGCAGGUGGUGGGACCGGUGGGCUUCACCAUUACCUACGAGAACCUGUUCUUCAACAUGAACACGAGAGGCAAAACACUGUCGGCGUCGCCCAGUGUGGAGUUUAAUCUGUGCCUAGAGCUGGCUCAGAAAUAUGCUGUGCAUUAUCCUCACCUCGAGUUCGUUUUCCACAAGGUCGGCAGCAGCACGCUCGACCUCAACACCCAGGGAGACAACAAAGGGAGAGAGGAUCUUGGUGCAGUGCACGAAUUCGAUCAGCGCCACUUCAAAGAGGUCACUUUCUUCCCGCCUGACGCUGUUGACACUCCGGAGCUCGUGCACUACCGCGAGCAUGUGGAGGAGCGAAAUAAGGAGGAUCUGAAUAGGGUUCGAGCCGCAAUAAAAGAGGUAUACGGAUCGGCCGUAGCAAAUUCGUUGUACGACUUCCAAACGCACUCCACUGGCGAAGUUUAUUACAACUGCAAGGGCUUCUUCACUCACCCCAACCAGCCAAACAGGUGUCACUCGUUUAUCCUGUUCAUCAAUAAUCGGCUGGUCGACCACCCCACGUUACGAAGGAACAUAGACUGUGUUUAUAAAGAGCUGCUGCACAAAAAGCAAAGACGAUUUGUUUACCUCGCUGUCUAUAUGCCGUAUGAUCGCAUCGAUGCAAACGUGCACCCCUCAAAGGAGAAGAUAUUCUUCAAGCACCAGGAUCAAAUCGUCGACGAAAUUGGUGAACGCCUCAGGGAGCAGAUACGAGGUAUCCUCAAAAUCAACACCGAGAAUGUGCAGAAAGCUUCUGCUUACAACCAAAUGGAAUUAAAUCCGCGACAUGACGCUGUUGACGAGUCGAUAUUCCCGCAUCUCAAGCGGAAUUACGAGACGUUUGAGAAGGCGAAGCCGCAUGCCAAAGUCCGCGUACGCAGUGACUACAAGCAAAUGGACAUGGCGGCUUUCGUCACCCCGUCAUACAUCAUGGAAUCCAAUGCCGAUUUGGACUCUUUCGCCCACCAUGCCCCCGUUAAGGACGAGAAUGCAGGGGACACGGACACCGACACCCCGGACUCGGCAUCUACAGCCGCAAACACUCAACAUGAAGACAUUCCUAAUAAUCCUGCGACUUUACCUCGACUUGCCAACACCGAAUUCAGUCUGAUGGAUAUCACUGGCGAGGAGAACGGUUUCUGCGACAUGUGGAAUAUCCAGUUCAUCAGAGAGUUCAUCAACGAAUUCGAGUCUACCAGGGACAAAAAGCUCACGGAAACCGUACUUAACUCGGUGCUGGUCGGAGUGGCGGACAAGCACUAUGUCAUACUGCAGCAUAACACGGAACUCUACAUGGUGGACAUCAUCCGCGUUGCAAAGGAGUGCAUCUUCCAGUCGGUUAUUUGGAGGAUUGGCCAAUUGCCCAAACUCUUCCUCAACCCGCCCCUCUGCCUGGUGGACCUGCUAUCUUACGCGCUGGGCAGGGAGGCUUACCAGACCAGGGGUUGCACCGGACAAGUCGAAAAACCGCUGUUCGUCAAUAAGGCCAAGGAAAUGAUUAAGAAGUUCCAUGUUGGAUUCCUGAUAAAGUACUUCGGGUUCAAUAUUGAGGACAAUAAGCUGCACAGCAUCCCCAAGGUCAUCUCGAAUUACUUCCCAGGACCGGAGUACCUGCCCGGGCUCGUUCUCGCGCUGUUUUCGCUGGAUAUAGUCGACGAGGGCAAGGCUGUCGGUGACAUAUCGCAUAUCAUUUCGGAGUUCUUCACCUUCCCGCCCAUUCACAGCAUCACUACCACCGACCCCGUGGCGAACGAGAAGAACUACCACCAUUACAUUUCCAAGGUGCUGCUGAGGGCCGUACAGCGCUUCCCUGACCUGAGCCUCUCCAAGCGUAGGCUCGACAGGGGUACGGUCAUCAAGUUGGCAAGCCUCGACUUGCUAUAUCGCAUAUUUGAGCGAUGCUAA